CGGAAAGAAGAAAUGAUGUAAAUAAUUCACUGUCCAAACUUUAAGGUCAGAGGUGAGAAGGAAGGUCAGGGAGACUAUGGCCUGGCCAAAUAUUUUUCAAAGAGGAACUCUGUUCUCCCGGUUCAGCCAUCAUCAUGUUGUUGUGUUCCUGCUUACCUUCUUCAGGUAUUCGUUACUCCACACAUCAAGAAAAACUUUUAGCAAUGUCAAAGUCAGUAUCUCUAAGCAGUGGACCCCAAGUGCUUUUAACAAGUCAAUUAGCCUGCCUGUAGAGAUCUGGAGCAGCAACCAUUUGUUUCCCAGAGCAGAGGAAGCCACACUUUUCCUUGGGACACUGGAUACUAUUUUCCUCUUCUCUUAUGCUGUGGGCCUUUUCAUCAGUGGAAUUGUUGGAGAUCGGCUUAUAUGGGUUCUAUCUUUUGGCAUGUGCUCUUCUGCACUAGUGGUGUUUGUCUUUGGCACUGUCACAGAAUGGCUGCAUUUCUACAACAAGGGACUCUACUGCUGCCUGUGGAUUGUAAAUGGCCUGCUGAAGUCUACUGAUUGGCCCUGUGUGGUUGCUGUUAUGGGCAAUUGGUUUGGGAGAGCUGGACGAGGAGUUGUUUUUGGUCUCUGGAGUGCCUGUGCUUCAGUGGGCAAUAUUUUGGGAGCAUGCCUAGCUUCUUCUGUUCUGCAAUACGGUUAUGAGUAUGCCUUUCUGGUGACAGCGGCUGUGCAGUUUGCUGGUGGGAUCAUCAUCUUCUUUGGGCUCCUGGUGUCACCAGAAGAAAUUGGUCUCCCAGGCAUCGAGGCAGAAGAAAAUUUUGAAGAGGACUCACACAGGCCACUGAUUAAUGAUGCUGAAAACAAAGAUGAAUAUGAGCCUAAUUAUUCCAUCCAAGAAGGCAGUACUAUUACCCAAGUCAAGGCAAUAAGCUUUUAUCAGGCCUGUUGUCUUCCUGGAGUAUACUCACUGGCCUAUGCCUGCUUGAAGUUAGUAAAUUACUCCUUCUUCUUCUGGUUAACCUUUUAUCUGAGUAACAACUUCGGAUGGAAGGAGGCUGAAGCUGACAAGCUGUCCAUUUGGUACGAUGUUGGAGGAAUUAUAGGUGGGACUUUGCAAGGUUUCAUCUCUGACAUAUUACAGAAGAGAGCACCCGUUUUAGCUCUCAGUCUACUUCUGGCCAUUGGGUCCCCAGUUGGAUAUAGCCGUUCUCCAAACGAUAAAUCCAUUAAUGCACUUCUGAUGGCAGUUACAGGAUUUUUUACCGGUGGGCCUUCUAAAAUGAUUAGUUCUGCUAUUUCUGUGGACCUGGGUCGCCAAGAGCUGAUCCAAGGGAGCAUUGAGGCUUUGGCGACUGUCACAGGAAUUGUUGAUGGAACUGGAAGCAUUGGAGCUGCAGUGGGCCAGUACUUAGUGUCUUUGAUCCAGGACAAUCUGGGAUUAUGGGUAUUCUACUUUUUCAUUCUCAUGACAAGUUGUACAAUUUUGUUUAUAUCGCCAUUAAUAGUGAGGGAAAUCUGCUAUCUUAUGCAAAGAUGACAAGCUCACGUAUUGAGUGAGUGA